AUGCUCAAAUUUGGCCAUGUUAUUCCUCAAAUCCGUUCAUGCAGCUAUCAACCAUGGCGCUGCGGCAACGUGAUUGGACCUUUGCUACAAGCAAAGCCAUACUCAUCGUCUUCGAAGAUAACAACGCACUUUGGCGGCAAAGGGUGUGCUCCUCCCCGAUCCCGCGUUCCUUACUCCCCUGCCGCUAAAGGCAACGGGUUCGUCUUUGUAUCAGGUCAAGUAGCCGCCGACAGUAAUGGUAAAUAUCUUCCAGUCGAGGCCUCCGUCGCCGAGAAGACACACAAGAUAAUCCAGAAUGUCAAGAGUAUCCUGGAAGCUUCCGGGUCCUCUCUAGACCAAGUUAUCAAGGCCAAUAUUAUCUUUGUUCACUUGGAUCGGGACUAUGAGGAGUUCAAUGAGGUUUACAAGCAAUACUUUCCUCAUAAUCCGGCCAGGACAAGUGUUGAAGUUAGCGGACUACCCAAGCCUGCUGAUUUGGAGAUUGAGGUUAUUGCGCUGGCGGAUUAA